AAGAUAUUAAAGAAAAAGUAUUUGAAAGUGAAAGGGAGGGUUUGAUUAUGGACUGGAAUUUGAAGAUACCUUCUUGGGAUUUCACAGAAUUCGAACAAGGAACAAUUCCCAACAUUGAUUCGAGUGGUGGGUCGAGUAGUUAUGGAGGGCAGGGGAUUAAAGGGAAUUUUUCUGUGGAUUUAAAGCUUGGACAAGUUAUUGACUCAGGGAAUGAGUCAAGUUUGAAGACCACUUCAGCUUCAACUUCAAAAAUGGCGUUAUCACCUUCUGGAUCAUCAAAGAGAGCUCGACCCAUUAAUAAUACCUCCAUUUCUGCGGCUUCUUGUCUUGUGGAUGGCUGCAACUCUGAUCUUAGUAACUGUAAGGAAUACCAUCGUCGUCAUAAGGUCUGUGAAGUUCAUUCCAAAACUCCACAGGUUUCCAUUAAUGGCCAAAAGCAAAGAUUCUGCCAGCAAUGUAGCAGGUUUCAUUCGCUAGAAGAGUUCGAUGAAGGAAAACGGAGUUGCAGAAAGCGUCUUGAUGGACAUAAUCGCCGGAGACGGAAGCCGCAGCCGGAUACCUCACGUGCUGCAAGUCUUUUUGCUGGUCACCAAGGUACGACGAUGCUGCAGUUCUCGAGUCCACAUGUGUAUCAAACCACAACGCUCACGAACCCAUUGUGGGCCGGCAUGGUCAAGUCCGAAGAAGACGUCAUGUACCCCGCCCACCACUCGAACCUGGCCCACAAACACAACCCUUUUUCCGAAUCAUCUUCAGGCACCAAAAAGCUAACCGAGAAGCAACAAUUCAGCCUCUUUCAAAACAGUGGCUCGCACCUUAAACUCAACCACCAGACCUCACCUCCAAAAGUUUGUCAGCAGCCGGUUCUUAACUUUGAGGCGAAUAGCAGCUACGAUAAACUGUUCUGUGACGGAUACCCGCCACCUGCUCGGUUGCAGCCGGUGGUGCAGUCGGACUGUGCUCUCUCUCUUCUGUCAUCAUCACCGUCACAGACAUCUUGUACGACCCUGAGCCAUGUGGUGCACCCACCUAACUCGUUCCCGGCCACACCAAACCCGUUGGAUCCAGGUGCGAGUUAUGGUGGUUUGGAGUCGAUUAUGGAUCCUAAUGGGAACGAUUGCAACGAGAUGAUCCAGAUGGGACUUCACCAUCAUCACCAUCACCAUCAUCACCAUGGGUCUCCUGAUAACGGAGCUCCACAAACACUUCCAUUCUACUGGGAAUAAGAUUGUUCAUAUUUGAAUCAUCGAUAAAUUCCAUCCGUUUGUAGUCUGAGAUUUGAUUUGAUUCGAUUCGAUUAGUUUGAGAUUUGAUUCGGUUCGAUUCGGUUUAGUGUGUGUUGUAGCUGUUGGUAUUUCAUUCUUUCUCUUGUGUUUUAACUCUUCCGC